AUGUCUUCCCAAUUCUCCGAUGCACCUGCCCCGUUUUCACCCCUCGUCAAGCUUGAUUUACCCUCUCCCGAAGAAUAUCGCAAGCGCAAGGUCGCGCUGAUCUCUGGUAUCACCGGCCAGGAUGGUUCAUAUUUGACGGAGCUGUUGCUGUCAAAAGGAUACGAAGUUCACGGGAUCAUGCGUCGUUCCUCCAGUUUUAACACCAACAGGCUGCACCACAUAUACGAAGACCAGCAUGAGCGUCCGAACAAGUUCAAGUUGCAUUAUGGGGACUUGAGUGACAGCACCAACCUCGUGUACAUUAUCGCCCAGGUGCAGCCCACGGAGGUAUAUAACCUCGGCGCGCAGUCGCACGUCAAAGUGUCCUUUGAGAUGGCGGAGUACACAGGAGACGUGGAUGGGCUUGGAACCCUGCGGCUCCUGGAUGCGAUCAGGACAUGUGGACUGGAAAAGCACGUACGGUUUUACCAGGCAUCUACUUCAGAGCUGUACGGAAAAGUCGUGGAGACGCCGCAGAGCGAAACUACUCCCUUCUACCCACGCUCGCCAUAUGGUGUCGCGAAGCUUUAUGCGUACUGGAUCACAGUCAAUUAUCGCGAGGCGUACGGGAUGUAUGCUUGCAACGGGAUUCUGUUCAAUCACGAGAGUCCGAGGCGGGGUAGAACAUUUGUAACGAGGAAGAUCUCCCGAGCAGCAGCGGAUAUUGCUCUUGGGAAGCAAUCAUGCCUUUAUCUGGGCAACUUGGAUGCACAGCGUGACUGGGGGCACGCGGCCGAUUACGUCGAGGGUAUGUGGCGCAUGUUGCAGCAGGAAAAGCCGGAAGAUUUUGUCUUGGCAACCGGUGAGACGCAUCCCGUCCGUGAGUUCGUCGAGAAGUCUUUUGGGAUCCUUGGCAUGGAUAUAAAAUGGCGAGGGUCUGGAACGGCCGAGGAAGGCGUAGACUCCAAAACUGGCAAGGUCGUCGUUAAAGUUGACUCCAUGUACUUCCGUCCCGCCGAAGUCGAGCUGUUGCUCGGCAAUCCUGCCAAGGCUGAACGUCUGCUAGGCUGGAAGCGAAAAGUUGACUUCAAUUCGCUCGUGAAGGAAAUGGUCGAGGCGGAUCUCAAUGCAGCUAAGUCGCUCAUUGAGGAUCAGAACUAG